UCAUGUACGUGUAUUUCCUGUUUGGAACCGACUUGACAAGAAAAGAUCAAGAAAAGUACGAAGAGGCACAGGUCGCGACGUUUACAACAAAUGAUAAAAACACAUCUGAAAAUCAAUGAUACAAAGUGAAGAGAAUAAUGUAGAAAAGGUUAACAAUCAAGAGGAAUCUGAAAGUGAGGAGAUGAUGAAAACAUUGCCAUCGAGUCAGGCGUGUCGAUUGUCGGUAGAAGAGACAUGUCAGGUCCUGGAGGUGAACCCCAGCAAGGGGCUGGAUUCAAAUGAGGUGGUCAGGAGGCGUGCGGUUCAUGGGCACAAUGACUUUGAAAUAAGUGAGGAGACUCCGCUUUGGAAAAAAUAUCUAGAGCAGUUUAACAAUCCAUUGAUACUGUUGUUGUUAGGGUCUGCUGUAGUUAGUGUAUUCAUGCGCCAGUUUGAUGAUGCAGUUAGCAUCACUGUGGCAAUCAUCAUAGUGUCAACUGUAGCCUUUGUUCAGGAAUACAGGUCAGAGAAGUCCCUGGAAGCAUUGACAAAACUUGUGCCACCUAAAUGUCACUGUCACCGUAAUGAAAAACUUGAGGAUUUCCUGGCACGUGAUCUGGUGCCUGGUGAUGUUGUGGAUCUCAUGGUUGGGGAUAGGGUACCAGCUGAUCUACGACUUAUACAGGCGAAAGAUUUAGCUAUUGAUGAGUCAAGUUUUACAGGGGAGACACAUCCCAGUACAAAAGGAACCGCAACCAUUCCAAAAGAUGCUGUGAUGAACAAUGGUAUAACUCAGAGAACUAAUAUAGCCUUCAUGGGAACACUUGUACGGUGUGGUAGAGGUCAGGGUAUAGUGAUAGGUACAGGACAUAACUCAGAGUUUGGAGAGAUUUUCAAAAUGAUGCAGCAUGAAGAGUCGCCAAAGACUCCAAUGCAGAAGAGUAUGGAUAUUUUAGGAAAACAGCUGUCAUUCUAUUCAUUCUGUAUUAUUGGAUUGAUAAUGUUCUUGGGCUGGUUCCAGGGACGUAACGUCCUUGACAUGUUUAAUAUUGGAGUCAGUUUGGCUGUGGCUGCCAUUCCAGAAGGUUUACCUAUAGUAGUGACAGUGACCUUGGCCUUGGGGGUCAUGAGAAUGGCAAAGAGAAAAGCAAUCGUUAAAAAACUGCCGAUUGUAGAGACUCUAGGGUGUGCCAAUGUGAUAUGUUCAGAUAAGACUGGUACUCUCACCAAGAAUGAGAUGACAGUGACACAGAUAUAUUCUGCUGAGGGUACACAUGCUGAGGUUACAGGUGUAGGCUACAAUGGUAUAGGGAAUGUGUUGUGUGAAGGACAAACUGUGGACAGUCAGUCUCAUCCAGCACUGUGCAAAGUUAUUGAAGUUGGAUGUAUAUGUAAUGAUGCAGAGAUAUGUGAUGAUGUUCUACAUGGUCAGCCAACAGAGGGCGCUUUACUUGCCUGUGCGCUUAAGAUGAAUCUCCACAAUUUAAGGUACCUUUAUAUCCGCACAGACGAGAUGCCAUUCAACUCGGACAACAAGUACAUGUAUGUUCAGUGUACUCCGAGAUAUGGACAGAUGGCUGAUGAUGGUAGCAAGGAGUUGAUAUACUUUGUGAAAGGAGCCUUGGAGAAGAUAUUGGACAGAUGUACAAGGUUCUUCAGUGAUGGGGGCACCCUACCGCUUCAAGAUAAACACAAACAAAUCUACAUUAAAGAAGCAUAUAGGAUGGGCUGCAAUGGGCUUAGAGUGUUAGCAAUGGCAUAUGGACCAAACAUGAACAACCUUGUGUUUGUGGGGAUGGUAGGGAUCAUUGAUCCACCGAGACAGGGCGUUAAGGAGGCAAUAUCGUUACUUGUAGCUGGGGGUGUGUCUGUAAAAAUGCUCACCGGAGACUCUGAGGAAACUGCUAAAGCUAUUGGCGGUAGACUUGGUCUGAGUGCCAAUGGAGGGACAACUCUGUCUGGCGAGGAAAUAGAGUCUCUGGAUUUAUCUUACCUGAAGAGUAUCAUUAGUAAUGUCAACAUUUUCUACAGGGUCACUCCAAGAAAUAAAGUGAAAAUUGUUAAGGCAUUACAGGCAAAUGGUUUAGUUGUGGGUAUGACCGGAGAUGGUGUCAAUGAUGCCGUGGCACUGAAGGCAGCAGAUAUAGGCAUAUCAAUGGGCAAAUCAGGAACUGAUGUGUCAAAGGAAGCAGCUGAUAUGAUAUUAGUUGAUGAUGAUUUCUCUGUAACAUUAAGUGCAAUAGAAGAAGGAAAAGCCAUAUUUUACAACAUAAGAAACUUCGUUAGAUUUCAGCUUAGCACGAGUAUAGCAGCCUUGUCUCUGAUCGCAUUGUCUACAUUAUUCAAGUUACCAAAUCCACUGAAUGCAAUGCAGAUUCUGUGGAUAAACAUUAUAAUGGAUGGGCCUCCUGCACAGAGUUUGGGUGUAGAACCAGUGGACCAUGAUGUGAUACGACAGCCUCCACGUAGAGUGAAGGACCCUAUUAUAACUAGAUAUUUUAUUGUGAACAUACUGGUCUCUGCAGUUAUCAUUGUAUCAGGAACUUUGUGGGUUUUCUGGAGAGAGAUGAGUGAUAACAAGAUAACUCCAAGAGACACGACCAUGACGUUCACCUGUUUUGUUUUAUUUGAUAUGUUUAAUGCUCUAAGCUGUAGAUCGCAGGACAAAUCUGUACUACAGUUUGGAUUUUUUAGCAACAAAAUGUUUAUAAUGGCCGUUGGUGGCUCACUGAUUGGUCAGCUACUUGUGAUAUAUUUUCCUCCUCUGCAGAGAGUUUUUCAAACAGAAGCUUUAUAUUUAUCAGAUUUUAUAUUUUUAAUAACACUGACUUCGACAGUGUUAAUUGUGUCAGAAAUACGAAAGUUUAUACAGCGCGUUCUGGACAAAAGACGGAAACGUCAGCGAGAAGAAGAUUCAUACUUCUUUGUCUGAUUGUGAUAUACAUGUUUGUUAUUAUUGUUAUAGUCAGUAUAGUAAAUUAAUAGAUCUAGAAACUCAAUUUCUCCAUUUAAUGUAAUAUUGUUAGUGUUGAAUCAAAUGGGAAAAAUCAUGUUUUUUCUCCUUUUGAAAGAUGUGUUUUACAUUAGCCCGUGUUAUUUCUGUUACGUAUUGAUUGAGAUUUACCAGAGUUUUAUUUCAACGUAGAUGUUAAAUUUUUUCUCAGCACUUUUUUCAGUGGUAGUUUGAAUCUUUGUGAACAUUAUGUAAUCAUUUAAGUUGAAGGUUCAAAAUUUAUAAGAUUUGUUUUUAUUAUUCACCCCCCACCUUCCUCCUCUUUGGGACGACAUGUAGUAAUUUCAGUGUCAGACCGUUUAUACAUUCAUUUGUCCUGAUUUAAUGAUAAGUCUGUAACUUUGCCAUCCAUCCAUGAAGGGGAGGUGGGGUGACUUAUUUCUGUCAUGCUGAACGGUUCUUUUCAGGGUGCUUUGGACACUAGAGGAAGGAUGUGCUACACUUGAGUCUGUAAUGCUGACAAGAUCAAGUGUAUUUUACUGUCGAAGACGACAGGGAGUGGAGAGACCAACUAAUGCCAUCUGCUAGUAUUUUUUACAAUCAAAAAAGGGUGGGGAAGGGUAUUAAUGUCCCUGUAAUCAGCGGUUAUAAUCCUAAAAUGAAUGCAUGAAUUUAUUAAAGCAUUCAAAGCACUUGCCUUUUUAUUUGUGUAUCAUUUUAACAUUAUUCAUUAGCAGUCUUGCACUGUUUUUUUUUUU